CACACUGGACUCAGACUACAGCCCGAUAAAUAUUGAUGAUAAUCCUGCUGCUCAUCCUGUCCGCUUUCGGAAAGGUAAUAUUUACACCACUCGACGAUACCGCCGUUUAUGCAGAAGAAAUUGGCCAUGCUAAACUAUAUCAUACCAUCUGGCAUUUAGUCGUUUCUUUCGAUCCCUCGCAACUUGAGCCACGCUUCACCGACUUCUAUAACGCCUAUCAAAAUGCCAAUCAGAUGUGUCAAGCCUGUAUUGAGCAGUUUGAACUAAAGAUACUGAACAUUCAAAUCGACCGUCUUGGCGGUAAUAAAAGAAUCUUGAAUCAGCUCUUAGAAACUCGCCACACCAAAAGAGGACUUUUCAAUUUUGUAGGUAGCAUCUCUAAAACUCUUUUUGGUACCUUAGAAGAAAAAGAUUUGGAGUAUAUUAAUAACGAAUUAGAUCAACUUUACACAGAUAACAAAGUACGCUUCACAAGCAUAUCCAAUCAGACAAAAAUUGAUAAAACAAUUCUAAACUUAGCUUCCCACGACGUUCAGGUACUCAGCGAACACAGUAAAGCAAACGUGGACCGUUUAAAUAAAAUGAUUAACCAAACAAACACUAAUACUUUAAGUAUAAUUAUAAAUAACCAUUUGAACAUUAUCAUUGCAAGAGCUGAGCGCUGAUAUAAACCUUUCAAUCGAUUCAAUAAAUGAUGGGAAGCAUGUUAUCAUACAUUCUCAGAUAUUUACUCCAGGUACAUUUCAAAAUGGUUCACAUGAUUUUGAACAACACAACAACGUCAAAUAUCAGAUACCACUUAAAGAAGAGAAUUUCCAGAAUAUUUUAGAUAUUUCUUAAGUCAGUAAAAGUAUAUUAAGCAAACUCUUAUUGUACUCGAUUAAAGUUCCCCAACUUGAAAACGAAAGUUACCAAGUCCACCAUCUGAUCCCUAUACCCAAAAAAAUCCAGAGUACAUUCCUAGCAGUAACUCCCGAAAAUGAUUAUAUCUUACUAAAUGAUCAGAGGACUUUAUAUGUACCUAGCGACCAACAACCAACAACUUUACAUGUACUUUGUGAAACUUCUGAUGAGCAUGUUAAUUUAGUAUCAUCGCAAGAAAUAACUAGUACCGAAAGUUGUAUUCUUAGCACUGAAGGUACAAUCAUGAAAGUUAGUCCCUUAAAGAGCGAAUAAAGAGAAAUAAUGUAUACUAAAGAAAUGAUACUACCGUACGACAGAAACGAUCUCGACUUGUUAAAAAAGAGACUUACACCUCUCCAAAAAUAUGUAAAAUCUGAAAAUAUUAGAGCAUCCAGUCAAACCCUAGACGAUAUAGAAAAUGCUUUAACUAAAAUAAAAAAUGCGCGUUGAACCAAAAAUUGGACCGAAAGAAUAAGCGAUAUCUUAGCAUACUUAGGUUACGCCUGCAUUGUGUUAGUUUCACUGUUUGCUUUAUACAAAUGCGGCAUUCUAAAAUUAAUUAGAGCUUGCCUAACAAAAAUUUGCAUACAAAUGUUCUGCGUCAAUAAUCAUGUCACCACGUCAAAUGUACCUCAAACUGUAACUUAUACGACAGUAUUCCCAGAUUCCGCUGAGAUUGAACGCACUCGUCCAAAAAGUUUUCGGGGUAAAAACAAUCUACAAAGGGAGGGUGUGAGAUGUGCCGUUGCCUCGCUGACUGUACACUAUGUUAGAUGGGCCUUUGUCCCAGUACUACCCUUAAACUAGCCCUUAAGCGAGCCCUCUGCAUGUAACGCCUAGGCUCGGGGCGUCAGUUCUACUCCGACCGUGCUUUAGCAAUAAAGUGCUCAAACUCUAUUCCGUGUGUUUAGUUCUACGGAGCCCAAACCCCCGGAAUACUAUAAUGAAUGAAUAUUAAUUAAGUGAUUGGUGUAAGUAGAAGAUUAUAAGUGAUUAUGUUUUAAUAG